GCCCUCACCCUUCUUUUCGAAUUCUCGAAUUAAAAUGGGUUCGGAUCAUGAUACUUUAGUUGAAAUGGGUUUCCCACCUGAGAAGGUGGCACGAGCUUUGCAAGCAACAAAAGGAGCAGGUCUACAGCCUGCUAUGGACUGGUUAAUUGCUCACCCCGGAGAUCUUGACGAGCCGGCGGGCGGACAAGCUUUAGGUGAACAACCUUCAGGAGAAGCAUCGGGAAGUGCAAAUGAUGGAGAUGAAGGAGAAAUUCGGGAUGGAGAACAAACGGCACAGUCAUUACAAUGCGAUGAUUGUAAAAAAUUAUUCCGCGAUGUAAAUGCUGCGGAGCGUCACGCGAGCAAAUCAGGCCAUGAGAAUUUUUCUGAAUCCACAACUGCUAUCAAGCCUCUUACAGAGGAAGAGAAGAAAGCUAAAUUAGAAGAAGUGAAAAAAUUUUUAGCAGAAAAAAAGGAAAUGCGUCUCCUUCAAGAGAAAGAAGAGGAGUUAAGCCGCGAGAAGAUCCGAAGAAAGUCCGGUAAAGAGCUAACGGAUGCAAAAGAAAAAUUGGAACAACGAGAGAUGCAAAAAUUAAUGUUGGCUAAAAAGAAGGAAAAAGAAGAUGAAAGAAUAGCUAAAGCUAAAAUUAAGGCUCAAAUUGAAGCAGACAAAAGAGAACGUAUAGAAAAGCGCGAAGCUGCUAAACAGGCAGCUCUCAUCCAACAAAAAGAAGAAGCCGCCGCUUCCGCUACUGCCGCUUCCGCUUCAAAAGACUACACCGAAACACGAUUACAGCUUCGACGGCCUUCCGGACCUCCUCUUACUCAUACUUUUCAGGCUACGGAUACUUUAGAAGUUGUUUAUGAAUUUGUUCGCCAGUACAUCACUGGACCAUUUAAAUUGUCAACAACUUUUCCAAGAAAAGUUUUUGAGGAUACUGAACAGGGUAAAACCUUAAAGGAAUUAAAUCUCGUUCCAUCAGCAGCCUUAUUAAUAUCGACGGAAUAAGGACGAUAGAUAAUGCAUCAACUUAUUUCGCAUCGUUAAGACUUACUGUAAAGAAUGUUGCAAAUAAACAAAUAAAUGAGAGUAAAUUCAAAAUUCUAAAAAUUUCACUUGAUAAUAUGAAAAUAUAUAAUAAAUGAUUGUUACAUAACAUCAAAAUAAGUGUUUAAGUAAUGCAUUGAAAUAAAUAAAUAAAUAAAUAAA